AUGUCUCAGCUGCCUCCCCUUGGUACUGGCCCCCGUGUCCUGCUGGGUUGCACAGGCAGUGUGGCAACCAUCAAGGUGCCUGAACUGGCACGGCGACUGCAGGAGCGUGGGGCAAGUGUAGUCAUUGUGCCCACCAAGAAUGCAUGCCACUUCUUGAGAACGCAGGCUAAAGUAGAUACUGGUCCUCGAAGGAGAACAGCUAGUGGUGGCAGUAUCUUUCCCAGUCAGGAAAGGAAAACUUCUAAUAAUGGUGAGCUAAGGUGCAGUGACAGUGAGGAGCAGAACAGCAGCAGUGACCCAUGCAGCCAGUGUGGGAGCCGAAGUCCCAUGGGAGUGAUGGCAGCAGGUGGGGAUGACAGUGCUGUGAGAUCCCUCUACCCUGACCUCAAGUUUAUCCUAGACCAAGAUGAGUGGUCUGCUUGGAAUGGUCGUGGAGAUCCAGUACUUCACAUACAACUAAGGGACUGGGCACAAGUGAUGGUCAUUGCACCCUUGGAUGCUAACACCAUGGCCAAGAUGGCCCAGGGACUCUGUGACAACCUGCUGACAUGCAUUGUUCGUGCAUGGGAUGUGAUGCGGCCUCUGGUAUUCUGUCCUGCCAUGAACACACACAUGUACAAACAUCCGCUCACCAUGCGACACACUGCAAUGCUCAAGGAUCUUGGAUAUAUUGAAGUGUGUGUAGUGUCCAAGAGGCUGGCGUGUGGAGAUAUUGGGCCUGGAGCCAUGGCGGAACUGGACAAUAUAGUCAACGCUGUAAUGCAAGAAUUGCCAGGUGCUCAGAGAAUUGCUCAUGGGCCCUUCUAGUCAAGGAGGGGUGAAUUCCUAUCUUAUCAAGUAUGCCACAUGUGUAUGCAAGAAAUAUUCAAUACUUUUCCUAAAAAUUUCAGAUGAAUCCCUUCAGAUGUGAAUGGCAAAAGUCUUUAUUCUGCAAGGACUUCUACUCAAACCAACAUUUUUAUGCAAUACUAUGUAUUCACAAGUGGCUAACCAUGCGCACAAAUAAAUGUAUAUCAGUACCAAUUGUAUAGCAAUCAGGGAAUAUCAGGAGACUUAUAAGUAAACAGUAGUGAUUUGUAGAAUGUGUAAUAAAAUGAAGCUUAUACACAUUGAAAAAUCUUUUUUGACAGUGCCCUGGAAAGAGGGAGGGAGAGUGGUGUGAUGGUACAGCAGGCACUAGAUCAACAAACUACUACACUAUUGGUAAUCACUUAUGGCUAAGAUGGUAACACUAGGUACUCAUUUAGCAUAGUAUAGUUUGCUGAUGCCUCUUCCUUGGCCCCUGAGGUGUUGUCAUGACAGAAAUCUUCAUUAGCACCACCUGUUCAUGCACCUCAUCCUUUUGCAUUCUAGUCUCUUGUAGCACUUGUAGCUCUUACUUAUUGUGCUUAUUAUAUCAAGCAUUCAAAUACUGGCCACAAACAUGUCUCUAACUUGCUGUUUUUCUGUGUUUUAGAAACUAUACUAUAUGUAGCAUGGAUAGAAACAAAAGAAAGCAAUCCAGAACAGACCAUGAGGCGGAAUAAAGACCCUUGAUAUGAUAGACAUGAGAUCCAAACACAACCCACCAAGCCAUGAGUAAUUUCUAAUAGCCCAGUUAGUCUCACACUAACUGCCACUACAGGAAGAGCAGGCCCAUAAGACUGCCCUUCAUUCUCACCCUUACAAGUUUUUAUUAUUAUUACUUUUUUUCCAUUCCUGAAGGCUAUGAUUAAUUAACAAAUAUGGUUGUAAAACUUUUUUAUUGAGAAUGUUACCCAUGGCCUUAUUGAAUGCCUUCCAUUAUAACAUUUUCCCCUGUAAGCCAUGCUUUUAACUUUGUUUUGGGUAUUUUUUAUUCACCUGUAAGUUAUGCCCUCCAAAUAAAGGAAAUCCCUCUGGAA